CUCGGGGUUCCAAAAGGAGAAGGGAACUCCCCUAUAUCUGCAUAUAGGGAAGAAAUCCUAUCUGCAUAUUUCAUGGUUAGCACCAUCCCUCAUCACGGUGGGGCUUGGAACUUUCCAUCAAUUCUUUACUGUCUCAUUUCUCUUUCAGCCUUUGCCUGGCUGUGCCUGUCUCAGGGAGAAAUCAGUCACCCGCAGGCCUUCCAGUGAUCUUAGGCUCUGUGAAAUUUGUCAUACGGGCGUCAGGUAUUUCUUAUUGCUGUCCAAAAAAAAAAAAGUGAGAUAAAGAACUCUCCCGGAGCCUUUCCGGCUGCACUCAGAGGCUCUCAGGAGGUGCAGAAGGACCUGGAAAGGCAGCUAAAUAAAAGAUGCCCUGGGGCCGAAGGCCAACCUGUCUGUUGCUCGCCUUCCUGCUGCUGUUUUUAAAGAUUAGUGUAUUCAGCGUCACAGCAUGGCAGACCGGGAACUGUCAGCCAGGUCCUCUCGAGAGAAGCGAGAGAAGCGGGACUUCCAUUUGUGCUGGUCCUGCCCCCUUCCUAGUUUUCUCACAAGGAAAGAGCAUCUCUCGGAUUGACCCAGAUGGAACAAAUCACCAGCAAUUGGUGGUGGAUGCUGGCGUCUCAGCGGUCAUGGAUUUUCAUUAUAAAGAAGAGAGACUCUAUUGGGUGGAUUUAGAAAGACAACUUUUGCAAAGAGUUUUCUUUAAUGGGUCAAGACAAGAGAAAGUGUGCAAUGUAGAGAAGACGGUGUCUGGGCUGGCCAUAAACUGGAUAGAUGAUGAGAUUCUCUGGGCAGACCAACAGAACGGAGUCAUCACUGUAACAGAUAUGACAGGGAAAAAUUCCCGAGUUCUUCUAAGUUCCUUAAAACAUCCAUCAAAUAUAGCAGUGGAUCCAAUAGAGAGGUUGAUGUUUUGGUCUUCAGAGGUGACCGGCAGCCUUCACAGAGCACAUCUUAGUGGUGUGGAUGUAAAAAUACUGCUGGAGACACCAGGGGGGGUAUCGGUGCUGACUCUGGAUGUCCUGGACAAACUGCUCUUCUGGGUUCAGGACAGUGGCGAAGGAAGCCAUGCUUACAUUCAUUCCUGUGAUUACAACGGUGGCUCCGUCCGUCUUAUCAGACAUCAAGCACGGCACAGUUUGUUUUCAAUGGCCUUUUCUGGUGAUCGGAUCUUUUACUCAGCGUUGAAAGAGAAGUCGAUUUGGAUAGCCAACAAACACACUGGGAAGGACACGGUUAGGAUGAACCUCCAUCCAUCCUUUGUGGCUCCUGGAGAACUGAAGGUAGUACACACGCUUGCACAGCCCCGGACAGAGGACGGUGCUCAGGGCCCUGACUCCGAAGGUUGCAAACAGAAGAGAGGACCAUGCCGCUACAGUCUCUGUGAGCGAGACCCUAAGUCCCAGUCGUGCGCAUGCGCCGAGGGCUACACGUUAAGCCGAGACCGGAAGUACUGCGAAGAUGUCAAUGAGUGUGCCUUUCAGAAUCACGGCUGUACUCUUGGGUGUGAAAACACCCCUGGAUCCUAUCACUGCACGUGCCCCACAGGAUUUGUUCUGCUUCCUGAUGGGAAACGGUGUCACGAACUUGUUUCCUGCCCAGGCAACGUAUCAAAGUGCAGCCAUGACUGUGUCCUGACAUCAGAUGGUCCCCGGUGCAUCUGUCCCUCAGGUUCAGUGCUCAGGAGAGAUGGGAAGACAUGCUCUGGUUGUUCAUCGCCUGACAAUGGUGGAUGCAGCCAGAUCUGUCUUCCUCUCAGGCCAGGAUCCUGGGAAUGUGGUUGCUUUCCUGGGUAUGACCUACAAUCAGACGGAAAGAGCUGUGCAGCUUCAGGACCACAGCCACUUUUACUGUUUGCAAAUUCCCAGGACAUCCGACACAUGCAUUUUGAUGGAACAGACUAUAGAACUCUGCUCAGCCGGCAGAUGGGAAUGGUUUUUGCUGUAGAUUAUGACCCUGUGGAAAGCAAGAUAUAUUUUGCACAGACAGCCCUGAAGUGGAUAGAGAGGGCUAAUAUGGAUGGGUCCCAGCGAGAAAGACUGAUCACAGAAGGAGUAGACACGCCUGAAGGUCUUGCCGUGGACUGGAUUGGCCGGAGAAUCUACUGGACAGACAGUGGGAAGUCUGUUGUUGGAGGGAGUGAUUUGAAUGGGAAACAUCAUCAAGUAAUCAUCAAAGAGAACAUCUCGAGGCCCCGAGGAAUAGCUGUGCAUCCGAAGGCCAGGAGACUAUUCUGGACGGACACGGGGAUGUCUCCGCGGAUUGAAAGUGCUUCCCUUCAAGGUUCCGGCCGGGUGCUAAUAGCCAGCUCUAAUCUACUGGAACCCAGUGGGAUCACGAUUGACUUCUUAACAGACACUUUGUACUGGUGUGACACCAAGCGGUCUGUCAUUGAAAUGGCCAAUCUGGAUGGCUCCAAACGCCGAAGACUUACCCAGAGCGAUAUAGGUCACCCCUUUGCUCUAGCCGUGUUUGAGGAUCACGUGUGGUUCUCGGAUUGGGCUAUCCCCUCGGUAAUAAGGGUGAACAAGAGGACUGGCCAAAACAGGGUACGUCUUCAAGGCAGCAUGCUGAAGCCCUCGUCACUGGUUGUGGUCCAUCCAUUGGCAAAACCAGGUGCAGAUCCCUGCUUACACAGGAAUGGAGGCUGCCAACACAUCUGCCAAGAGAGCCUGGGCACAGCUCAGUGUUUUUGUCGGGAAGGUUUUGUGAAAGCCCAGGAUGGGAAAAUGUGUCUCGCUCGGAAGGAUCAUCCGAUACUGGCAGGUGACAAUGCUGAUCUUAGUAAAGAGGUGACAUCAUUGAACAACUCCACUAAGGCUGAAGUACCAGACAAUGGCGGGACAGAAUCUUCCACACUAGUGGCUGAAAUCAUGGUGUCAGGAAUGAACUAUGAAGAUGACUGCGGCCCUGGGGGGUGUGGCAGCCACGCUCACUGCGUUUCAGACGGAGAGGCUGCUGAGUGUCAGUGUCUGAAAGGAUUUGUCAGGGAUGGAAACGUGUGUUCUGAUAUAGAUGAGUGUGCGCUGGCCAGACCAGACUGUCCCACCCCCUCGUCCAGGUGCAUCAACACUGAAGGGGGCUACGUCUGCAGAUGCUCAGAAGGCUAUGAAGGAGACGGGAUCUCCUGUGUCGAUAUUGACGAGUGCCAGCAGGGGGCGCACAAGUGCGGUAAGAAUGCCGCCUGUACCAACACGGAGGGAGGCUACAACUGCACCUGCGCAGGCCGCCCAUCAGCACCUGGACGGACUUGCCCUGACUCUACCCCACCCCCUCUCCUUGGGGAAGAUGGCCACCAUUUGGACCGAAAUAGUUACCCAGAAUGCCCACCGUCAUAUGAUGGAUACUGCUUCAAUGGUGGCGUGUGUAUACAUAUUGAAUCACUGAAUACCUACGCAUGCAACUGCGUUGUUGGCUAUUCUGGGGAUCGAUGUCAGACUCAAAACUUAAAAUGGUGGGAGCUGCGUCAUGCUGGCUACGGGCAGAAGCAGGACAUCACAGUGGUGGCCGUCUGCGUGGUGGCGCUGGUCCUGCUGCUCCUCUUGGGGAUGUGGGGGACUUACUACUACAGGACUCAGAAGCAGCUAUCAAAACCCCCAAAGAACCCUUGUGAUGAGCCAAGCGGAAGUGUGAGCGGCAGCGGGCACGGCGGCAGCAGCAGCGGGGCUGGUGUGGCUUCUUGUCCCCAACCUUGGUUUGUGGUCCUAGAGGAACACCAAGAGCCCAAGAAUGGGAGUCUGCCUGCGGCUGGUACGAACGGUGCAGUAGUAGAUGCUGGUCUGUCUCCCUCCCUGCGGCUCGGGUCAGUGCAUCUGACUUCAUGGAGACAGAAGCCCCACAUGGAUGGAAUGGGCACAGGACAAAGCUGCUGCAUUCCACCGUCAAGUGACAAAGGACCCCAGGAAAUGGAGGGAAACUCCCACCUCCCCUGCUACAGCCCCAUGGGGCCAGAGAAGCUGCAUUCCCUCCAUUCAGCUAAUGGAUCAUGUCACCAAAGGGCUCCGGACCUGCCACGGCAGACAGAGCCAGUUCAGUAGAAACUGGGAGUAGACAGAAGGUACAGAGGGGAAAUAACAAACCAGGCUGACGGAUGCUAGAGUGCUACAGAUUUGAUACUCCAGUCUCCACGGCUAAUCACUGCUCAGGGUCCUGAAGAUAGCUACACAGCUGCAUAGCUGCACAGUGGCAUAGCUGCAUAGCUGCGACUUUUGCUUCUUGCUUUAAGCAGUUCCACUGAAGAUGUUCAAAAGAGAAGUGGAGAAAAUCAUUAGAAACCAAAGGCAAGACAUUCAUAUGUAAGCUGUGUCUUCUUCACUGGAUGGUUUGCCUCAUUUCCUUUUGCCUCAGAAAGAAUGGGUUAGAGCAGGUGAUCCCAUGCUCUGUCGACUGCAAGAUAAAUUAUAUGAUCUACACAGAAGUCUUAGCUCGCUCUCAUGGAUGCUUGGAACAUUGUACCUUUCGCUACGAUACACUGCAAAUAUGGCCCAUGCUCAUAAUUGUGCCUUCUGAAUUGUGAUAAAUUAGUGAAAAUAACUGUAACUUAGAAUCUGAUUUAUUCAGAAUUAGAUCAUCUUUUUAUACUAUAAAAAUCGUUGAAUGAAAAUAUUUAACUUUAAAAACAUUACCUAAGAGAUGACGGUGUUUCUUAAUCAUUGUCUUUUCUUCUUGAAGUCUUUCCCAGUGAAAUCGGUAAAUUCUGUUUCUAUAGAUUUUUUUAAAUUUAUUUUAAGACAUGAGAUUGUAAACAAAUUGCUUGAUUUAUUUUAUCCUAAUUAUUUAAAUAAAAUCACCCUAAAGCAUCA